GUUUUAAUAUGUUUUCCUAUGGUUUGUAUGUUGUUAUAAUAUUAAGCUAUGAAUAAACAAAUACAGAAUGGUUCAGAAAAAGUUAACUUAUGGAUUGUUCACGCACUUUCUAAACUUCCAGGGAAUUUUGUUUUACCUUGCGUUGAUGAGUAGGUUGUAUACUCAUACACUGAAAGUUGUUUCUAAACAAAAUGCUGGAUAUAGUCCGCAAACUACCAGCAAAUCUAUACAUUCUAUAUCAGAGUUUUCGUGCUGAAAUCUUUGAUACUUGCAUAGUAUUAUACACACAGCCACGUUGCACGUACAACCAGCAAAAAUACAAGCAAAAUACAGGUAGGUAAAUCUUAGGCUUCGGAUGUUUAUUCAUGAGUAAAACGCACGAGUGUCUACUACAAUGCUUCGUGUGGAAAUAGCUGGAUUUAUGCAGAUGGCAACUCACAUAAACGGGUAUAUCGUUUACAAUCAGUCUGAAUUAUCGAAGGGCACAUCGUCACCUGCAAAGUAGAGAUUCAGAACCUUAGUUAGUUUGGGAGGCAAGCACCACGCCUCAACGGCACCACGCAUGACGUUUCCUGAUAGAAUGGCAAAUGUAAAAUUGAUUGUCUUAACGAAGGUCUCGAUUUUGUCUCUUUGUCUCUUCGUCAAUUUUGCCUUAAGUCCAUUGUGGAAGACAGGAAAAGAAAAACAGGAUAUAUCUCUGGGCACAGCAGACAAGAAACUGGGGAAGGUUGUGGAUAUCGAAAAGUGGAUCGGCAGGAAACUUCAACAAGUCGACACUUAUGCGAGUAACGAGGCUGAGGUCAACUGCACCAUACCCGCUAUCAGUCGUUUCCCACGUACCUUGUUUUCCGAGAGGCAAAGAGAAAAUGGGGCUGUGAUACUCAAUUUUUUCUUCGCUGUCUAUCUCUUCGGCGCCAUUGGUUAUGUGUGCUUCAUUUACUUUGUGCCCUCGCUGGAAAUCAUAAGUAAAAUGUGGGGCAUUCAAGAGGACGUGGCCGGAGCUACAUUUAUGGCAAUAGGCAGCUCGGCUCCAGAGUUUUUUUCGAGUGCUGUCGGUACCUUUAUAACGCACGACAAUACAGGUUUGGGCGCCAUCGUUGGGUCAUCAGCGUUUAAUGUGUUCGUUGUCAUAGCUCUCUGCGCGUUGGUUGCUGGUGGGAAUGGAGGUUUGCAGCUGUCCUGGUAUCCAGUCAUCAGAGAUACAAUAUGUUGGGUCAUUUCCACUGCUAUCCUUAUAGCUGUAACAUAUGACGCCAUGGUUCAAUGGUGGGAAGGUUUCAUCAUGACACUUUGUUUUGUGGGCUACAUCGUGAUCAUGUACUUCAACCAACCUCUUUCGGCUUUUGUCUUAAAGUGGAGUGCAAACACCACGAUCUUUCCAUGUCGAGCGCCAAGAGAUGAAACAUCGGAAAGAACUCAGGCUGCAAUGGAAGAAGCGGCAAUAAUAGUCGCUCAUGAAAUGGAAGACAUUGGUGAUGGUGGUACCUCCCGAAAAUCGUAUGGGCUAAACAUUCCAGAUUUUCCAGAUGAUCCAUCAUCAGAUGAAUCCGAGAGCGAAAUUGCAGUUCCCUCUGUCUUUGAUGCACCUACUUCCACCUGGCUGUACAUCACUUGGCUUCUAGGCCUUCCAAUCAUCGUCCUGCUACACUAUACUAUACCAGACUGUCGCAAAUCAGGCGUGUGGCGGCGCUGUUAUCCUAUAACGUUCUUUGCAUCGUGCAUAUGGUUGGCUGGACUUUCGUAUCUUCUCUACUGGAUGAUUGUUGUAGUAGGAUACACGCUAGGCGUCCCAGAUACCGUGAUGGGAUACACUGUUCUAGCGAUUGGCACGAGUGUUCCAGAUGCCGUGGCGUCUGUUCUGGUCGCGAAGGAUGGUUUUGCUGAUAUGGCCAUGGCAAACAUUAUCGGUAGUAACAUCUUUGAAACCUUCAUUUGUCUUGGAUUCGUUUGGUUCUUGAAGAGCUUGAUGACUAUUCCUGUGGGGACACCAGUACCAACCAACGCCGAAGGCCUGACGGUCACUUCCAUCUCUUUGCUGUUUGCCGUUUUGUUUAUCUUUGUUGCCAUUCAUAAUAACCGAUGGAGAUUGGACUUGAAAAUUGGCAUUAUUUCACUCCUUUUCUAUAUCAUAUUCAUCGCGUGGGCAACUCUGAACGCUGAGGGCACUUUUGCAUUUGACAGGACAACGCCCGAGCAAUCGCCAUGUCCUUUCAGUCUAUUAAAUUUAUGAAAUCUGAAGUAAAUGGCAGCAAUUUCGAACUUUAUUCAAUUAUUGUAUAUAAAUUCAGGUUAAACAUGCAGUUCUUUGAUGAAACUGGAAAAUACAUGACAAGAAGAGACCAUUAAAGGACAUUAAGUAA